AAACAGCUUUUAAAAUGUGUAAGGGAGAUAACAGAUAAUAUACCUAGUUUUUAUGGAAAAGGUAUUGGCUUAUUAAAUAUUUUGUCCAGCCAUUAACAUGAUGCCAAGAAAAACAAUUUAUUUUUCAACCUUCGAAUUUGAAGCCUAGCAGAUGUAGAGUGUCAAAAUGAAAGGACAGUCCUAUGUUGCUUUCCUUGUUCACAGGGGAAAAUCCUUAACCCCAGCCCCUGAGCUGAUUAUCCCUGCUACCGCCAUUCUCAGUUCUAAUCAUGAUUGCUGACAUAUAAAUAACUUGUUACUCAAGAAGCAACAUUCUGUCCCAGCAGUCAACUUACUACAUGAGUUUUUCACACAAAGCCAAGCCUUUCAAAGCCCUGAUUCAACCAAUUCAGAAUCCACCUCUAGGUCGUCAGGCCCACAUACUCCCAGCAAACCAGUCAUUCAUUCAGUCUGUAUCCUUUUGUACAUUUGUAAAUUUAAUUCUUCCUGUAUCCUUGAUUUGAUAAUUUUAUGUUGUGAUCCUCAAAAUUCCAAUUCUGUCGCUGGAGUAUAAAUACCUUAAUAUUAGGAUUGUGUUUUUUUAAUACUAGCAGCAUUGAAUGGUGUGUUGAUGAUAAUGUUAUUAAUUCAACUCCAAAGCUCCUUGAGGGCUGGUUCCUCAUUAGACUCAAGAGUGAAAGGACCAAGAGUGAAAACUGGAAGGGACCUGGGUUAAAAGUCUUGAGACCUGGGUAUGAGUCAGCUGCUGCCACUUUUCCUUGGACAAAUGCCUUCAUUUCUUGGAGCCUUGAUUUCCUCAUCUGUUAAGCAAGAGGAAGAAUAUCUACCUCACCAAGUUGUUAUGAGGUAAUGAAUAUGAAGAUGCUUUAUGUCCAUACUGAAGAAGAAUCACCCCAGACUGUGUAAUAAUUACAGAGAAAGAGAGGUACUUUUAACAAUGGAGAGAGCUGGCAUUUACUGUCUAAUCAUUUUAACAAAAUGUAACAUCACUAAAAGACAGAGGCAACUCUCAUGAUGCACCUUCACUUGUGAUGCAAUAAGCCAAAAGUGUAACCUGAAUUUACCUAGCUGCUUAGACCUGAUUGCCAGUUUCCAGGAUAUACAGGAGGCAGAGGAACAGGAUAAAAGAUACCAUGAGUUACAAAUUCAGAACAUGGGCUAUUGUGUGAGAAAAUUACACUGGAUUCUUCAAGAAGAUAUGGUGGAAAAGGGAGGGGGUAACAAUUGUUGAUGCUGGGUGCGUAAUGAGAGUUCAUUGUACUUUUGUGUAUGUAUGAGAUUUUCCAUAAUGAGAAGUAUAAUGGAGGCUGUUUUUUUUUUUAAUGGAGGUAUUUAACAUAGGACCUUGUGCAUGAUAAGCAUGAACUCUGCCACUGAGCUAUACCCUCCCCACUGAUGGGUUUGUUUUUAAAAGAUUAACUAAAGAGCCAUACGAUAACUGAGCCAGGAAUGGACUCACACAAAUGCCCAACUGAUUUUUGACAAAGGUGCAAAAGCAAUUCAGUAGAGGAGGGAUAGCCUUUCAACAAAUGCUGCUGGAGCAAUUGCCUAUCCAUAGGCAAAAAAAAUUCAGGAACUGAGACUAAGCAAAGAACUCUUAGACUUAAGCAGAAGUAUGCUCCAUUAAAGGAAAAAAUGAUAAAUUGAACCUCAUCAAAAUUAAAAUAAUUUUCUUUGCAAAAGACUAAAGAGGAUGAAAAGGCAUUACAUGCUGGAAGAAAAUAUUUGCAAAUCAUAUCCAACGGAGGAUUUGUAUCUAAACUAGAUAAAGAAUUUUCAAAACUCAAAAGUAAUAAAUAGAUGCAAUUUGAAAACAGUCAAAAGACAUGAACAGACAUUUCACCAAAGUAUAGUUGGCAAAUGAGCAAAUGAAAAAGGUGUUCAACAUCAUUAGCCAUUAGGGAAAUGCAAGUUAAUCAUCUGCACAGCUCUCAAAAAAGUGUUUUAAAGAAGUGAAAAGUAGUGCUAACACCAAAUGCUGGCAAAGAUGCAAAGGAACUGGAUCUUUUAUGUUGCCAGGAAUGAGAAAUGGUACAGCCACUCGGGGAUAAUUGGGCAGUUUCUUAGGAAACCAAAUAUGCACUUACAUAUGUCCCAAUAUUUGCACUUCUGAGCAUUUAUCUCAGAAAUGAAACUGUAUUCACACAAAUCUGUAGGUGACUGUUAAUAGGAGUUUUAUUUGUAGUAGUUAAAAUCUGUAAGUAAAACCCAGAUGUCCUUCAACGGGUCAUUCAAACUGCAGUAUAUAGCAUGGAAUACUUUUUACUGUGCAAUAAAACAGAAUGACCUAUUGAUACCUGCAGUGACUCAAGUGCACUUCAAGAGAAUUAUGCUGAGUGAAAAAAUCCAAUCUCAAAAGGUCAUAUACUGUAUGAUUACAUCUAUAUAAUAUUCUAAAAUGACAAAAGUAUAGAGAUGAAAAACAGAUUAGUGGUUGCCAGAGGUUGGGGAUGGUGAGAAGGAGCUGGGGAAGAGGGAGGGGUAGCCCUUGGGGAGGUCUUGGUGGUGUUGGAACAGUUGUGUGUGUUGAUUGUGAUGGUGGUUACACAAAUCCGCACUCAAUAAAACUGUGUGGAAGUGUACACACACUUGUACCAAUGUCAGCUUCCUGAUUUUUUUAACUAUAAUUAUGUAAGAUGUACCCAUUGGGGGACACUUGUUGAAGGGUAUUAUCUUCGCAACUUUCUGUGAAUCUAUAAAUUCAAAAUAAAAGGCAAAUCAAAACUAAAGAGCCAUACCAAUUGCAGUGUGUGAAACUGAUUUGGAGAAACAAAAUUAUGAAAUAUAUAUUUUAGGGCAGUUGGAAAUUUGAAUAUAAUUGGGUAUCAGAUGAUGCUAGAGAAUUAUUGUUAGUUUUCCUACCUGUAAUGAUGGUAUUGUUAGUUUGGAGAUUAUUAUUAUUAAAGGAUGCAUUUUGAAGUAUUUGGAAUGAAGUGGUUUGAUGAAGACAACUUAAAAAAAUGUUUUUCAGUAUGUAUAGGCGGGUAAGGCAAAAGUAUUACUGAGUACAGAAGGAGGAUACAGGCAUUCAUUGUACUAUCCUCUGUACGUUUGAUGUUAACAAAAUAAAACGUUUGGGGCAAAGUUAUCAGGGCCUUCUACAGAUUAGUGCUUUGUAGCUUCAGGCUGCCGGGUGCACGCCUCGUUGAAGUGCCCUUGCCCAGCCUCCGGAUGCCCCGUUCCCUGGGGCUCAGGGCCAUAGUCCACCUGAAGUCCCUUGAGGCUCUUUUGCUCCUAUCACUGGUCAGGAGCAACAUUGGACACCCAACGAGAAGAGAGCACCUCCGAGAUUCCUAGAGAGGCUGGCCUGGCGACUUGGGGAGCCGGAAGCCCAUCCCCAGGCACUUCCUGUCCGGUCAUUGUUCUCGCGCCGGUAGGCGCCGGGGUCUUUGCCGCCCGCCUUGUGUUCCAGAGCCGGCGUGCUCCGGCCGGGCCUCUCCGCAGCGCACGUAGACAUUACUUAAUGCUGGCCCUGGAAGAAACUCAAGAAGAAGCUUUUGAGAUUUAAAGAUUAGAUGGGGCUUGACCUCUGCUGGGAAACCCCCAGCUAUAGGAGUUCCCCUGCUGAGCAGAGAAGAUGACUGCAGAAUUGAGAGAGGCCAUGGCCCUGGCCCCUUGGGGCCCAGUGACAGUGAAAAAGGAAGAAGAGGAGGAAACCUUCGUGGAUCAGGCAUCCAGCCAGCAAGGGCACUCUGAGAACAUCAAAGUCUGGGCUCCUGAGGAGGGUCCUCAGACAGGCCUUGAUGUAUCAGAACAGGACGAAAAGGGUCAGAACAUGUUCUGGGACAUGGCUGUGGUCCUGAAACCAGUGCAGGAGGCACCUGCUGCUUCAGCCGCGGGCGGCUUCCCAUUACCCGGGACUCUGGCCAAGAGCGAGCUCCUGGAGACUCAUGGGAACAUGACCUAUCUAGCUGCUGAGACCAAGAACCCACAGUUAUUGGUUCCAAAAACCGAGAUGUGUGAUGAAGCAGAAAAACCCUUCAUGAUAUCAGAAAGAAUCCAGAAAGUUGAGCUUCAAGGACCUGAGUUAGGAGAAGCCUGUGAAAAAGGGAACACGUUAAAGAGACAGAGAAUAAAGAGGGAAAAGAAAGAUUUCAGACAAGUGGCAGUGAAGGACUGUCAGGUACCUGAAAACAUCAAAGAAGAGGAAGACCAGAAAUGUCACAGAUCUGAGGAGAGUUACAGCCCUAGUUCUGGCACGGUUAAGAACCAGAAAAGCCAGUCUGGGCAGAAGCCUUUCACAUGUAGCGUCUGUGGGAAAGGCUUUAGUCAGAGCGCGAACCUCGUAGUGCAUCAGCGAAUCCACACAGGGGAGAAACCCUUCGAAUGUCACGAGUGUGGAAAGGCCUUCAUCCAGAGCGCAAACCUGGUCGUGCACCAGCGAAUCCACACGGGACAGAAACCUUAUGUUUGUGCCAAAUGUGGGAAAGCCUUCACUCAGAGUUCAAAUCUGACUGUACAUCAAAAAAUCCACUCCUUAGAAAAAAACUUCAAGUGCAGUGAAUGCGAGAAAGCCUUCAGUUACAGCUCACAGCUUGCUCGGCACCAGAAAGUCCACAUUACUGAAAAAUGCUACGAAUGUAACGAGUGUGGGAAAACGUUUACUCGGAGCUCAAACCUCAUCGUCCACCAGAGGAUCCACACGGGGGAGAAGCCCUUUGCCUGUAAUGACUGCGGCAAAGCCUUCACCCAGAGUGCAAAUCUCAUCGUGCACCAGCGAAGCCAUACUGGUGAGAAGCCAUACGAGUGCAAAGAGUGUGGAAAAGCCUUCAGCUGUUUUUCACACCUGAUUGUGCACCAGCGCAUUCACACUGCGGAGAAACCUUAUGACUGCAGCGAGUGCGGGAAAGCCUUCAGUCAGCUCUCUUGCCUUAUCGUGCACCAGCGGAUUCACAGUGGGGACCUCCCUUACGUGUGUAACGAGUGCGGCAAGGCCUUCACCUGCAGCUCGUACCUGCUCAUUCACCAGCGAAUCCACAACGGGGAGAAACCUUACACGUGCAGCGAGUGCGGCAAGGCCUUCCGGCAGAGGUCCAGCCUGACCGUGCACCAGAGAACCCACACCGGGGAGAAGCCCUACGAGUGCGCCAGGUGCGGCGCGGCCUUCAUCUCCAACUCGCACCUCAUGCGGCACCACAGGACCCACCUUGUCGAGAGCACGUAAAGGCCAAGGAAGACCCCCAGGCGCCGAUCGGAGCCUGCCCUGCCGCCGGUCAGACACCGCUUUGCUGUUUUCUUCCGCCUUUGUGAAGAUGAGGCCUGCUGUAUCCUUAAACGUAGCAGUUUUCAGGAGUGCGGCACAAAACACAAGGCAAGCAUCUCAGUUACAGAAAAUGAAAACGAAGGCCUCGCGGCAAGGAUUUGGUUUUUAACUGUGCCCUCGGUGGUCACGUGGUCUGAGAUGGAAUGUGGCUUUCUUAGAAAUGGUCAUACAGAGCUCAGCGAUAAAGGUAUUUUUCACUUAAUUUUGUUUUGUCAAAUUCUGGUAAUGUCUUUGAGCGACGGGCAGGUUCUUGGUGUGGGUCAGCCUGAUGGAUCCAGAGCUUUGAACCUUGUGUUCCAGUGUUUGGGGUUAAGCAGUGACUAGUUACGGAAACCACUUGGGGUAGCAAUUCACCAACAACUCACCUAUGAACAUUUAUAAGCUUUCCAUUCCCUAGGUAAUUAAAAAAACAAAACAAAACCCUACAGUCUUCUGCUUCUAAAAUGGAUGGAAGUAGAAAACAGCCGUUCCUCUCAUUGCCCGGACCUUGUGACCGUUGGUGUGGUAAAGUUCUCGGGACCUCGGACGAUUCUCUUCUGACCAUUUCCUGCCUGCCUGCCCGAGCACUUGAGGACUGAUGGAGACAGCACGCCGGGCCGUGAAUGCCUCUGGGCUGCGCCCCGUUGCUAAGAUGAACAACUUCUAGUGACUUGCGCCCAGUUGCCGUUGCAUCCCAUUCUUAUGAGAGGCUGCUAACAGCCCACUCCCAGACAGGGGAGUCGGAGAAUAAAGCUCCCUGGAGGCGUGCCCACGUUGUCUCUGCUCUCGUCCGGCGCCGGCCCAGCCAGGGGGGCGCAGCUUGGGUGUCACUGUCACUUUCUGGAUGGGCUUCAGAAGGAGUGGUGGAGCCCAUCUGCUUCUGAGAGGACCGAAGAGGGAGAUGAAAGGCGAGGGAGGAGGCAGGCUGGGAGUCCCAAGGUCUUUGUUUGUUGUUUUUUUUUUUAAAGUUCAGAGGUAUUGGAAUAUGAAGUUUUAGAAGGAUGAAGAAAGUGGCUGAGGUAAGAUACCUGUGUUACCACUGAGCCUUUACUCCCGGAAAAAACAGUUUCUAAAGCUAUGCAAGUGGUAGAGUUAUGGAAUGACACUGCCUUGUAUUUAUACAGAACUGGGUUCCUGGUCUGUGCGCCUUCACGUGUGGAGUCGUGGUUCCCGGCACUUACCUCCUGCUUUCACAUAGAUCGUUUCCCUAAUCCCUUUAACGGUGGAAGAGGUGUUUGCCCUUUUUACCAGAGAGAGGUCAUUUAACGCAGGACCGAGGAGGAAGUGACAGCCUGUACUCAGACCCAGGUCCUAAACCAGGUUCCCUUUGUUCUGCCACGUUCAUGCGUGUCUCACCACCCUCUGUGCCGGAUCCAUGGAAGAGCCUGAGAAAGGGGUAUACAGUCUCGUUUUUAGGUGAGGAAGCUGAGGUGACAGAUUCUGGGGUGUGCCUUAGGCAGUGUGACCAGCAAGCAGCAAACCUAAGACUGGGGUUUGAGUCUCCUGAUUUCUGGGUCUGUCUCCACUCGGCUCUCGUCAUGUGAGUGUUUAUUGUAACGUGGUGCCUGGUGAAGGCAGUUGUGCAUAACAAGUCCAUGCAUUUAUUGUCUCAUUUCUACAAGACUGUUAAUUAACAUGGUGGUGUGUAGUUUGCAGAGCACUUUCACAUACAGGAGGCGUACACGAGGAAGCUUCUUCACCUUUUUUCCCCUUUAACCAUAGCCUUUCAUCAAAACGUAUGUGACUUCUUUUCCCAUUUUCACUCCAAAUCAUGUGGACAUACAGAAAAGUCAGGAUUCAAAAGUAAGAAUGGAAAAUGCUCACGCCCUCACAGACCCUGGGCGUGACUCUUCCUGUCCCCCUGACUGGGAGUGGAGGGGCCCAAAGAUAACACCACAUGUCUCUUCGGAGAUUAGUGUAGCUAAGUUAGGUGUCCCUCUGCGUGGUCAGGAGGCUCAGAAGGGAGGGAGAGCAAGGUCUGAAGACUCGGGAUCUGUGACCUUGACCCAUGCUUUCCUGAAACGUGUCAGCUGGGACCUGUGACCAGUAAGACGGUUAAACUGUUCGAGCUUCACGUUGUAUAUUCCCACAUAAUGGAAUACUCAGCCAUGGAUGGUGGUGAUCUCCUGGCUGAAGAUUUCCAUUCAUAGGGAGUUCAGAAGAGCCAGGUGAUUAUGAUGGAAAGCUGGGUUUGGGCAUCACUGACCCAACCUUGCAGUAAAGCAGUGGCUUUUUAACCUUGGCUGCAUAUUAGAGACGUCUAGGACACUUGAAAAUGUUUCCAUUCCCAGGCCCUAGUGUUUUUUUAAAUCUGUAUAAGAACCCAGUGUUCUUCCGGCUUACUGAGCCACUGCAGCCUGAAACCUGCGGGCCGCAAACGUGUGUGACCAGAGGCCGGGGGCUCCAGUGUAAAGGUCCGGGUGUGUGGGGGGUCGGGGCAGGUUCGGUGUUGGCUGCUCUGCAUCCUCCUGUGCUGCUCACGAUGCUUGGCUGCUAGGACUCUGUAACCUAACUUACUUUAUUUGUAUUUUAUGUGAAUAUACCAAACAUUUUAUUUAUAUAAGCAAACCAAGUUCUACAUAACAUGCUAUUAUUUUCCUCAUUCAACAAAGUGGCUUUUUACAUUUCUGCUUGUAUUUCAUGUCCAUAUCUGGGUUUCUGCAAAUCUACACCCAGCUUCAGGACCCCUGUCCUGCACAAAUCAUGGGAGCCUAGUAGAUGGCUAGACAGGUCAGAUCCUUCUCCAACUCAUAACAGCUCUCUCUCGCAAUUCCAUCUCAGCCCUCAAAAUAAAUUACCACCCACGUGUUUCUGUAGGGCUUCUGAUGGGAGAGGAGCAGCUACCCCUUGUUGUCAGACUUGGCUUAGGUUUUCCUUUUCUUUGGGGUCACCUCCCUUCUUUCUGGGCUGGUCUGGCUAGAAAUGAAUGGGAACUUUGAAGCCCCAUUUUCUUAAGUCACCAAGAGCUAUCAGACUUGAAGCUACAUUAAGGACAGAACCAAGAAGUCUGUUUUUACCCUCAAAUGAGACCAACAGAGGGUGUGUUAAGUGGAGCACAAGGGUGCGAAGGUGCUGAUGAAAUCACGUGCAGGUGUUUUGGGAGCAUGGGGGAGAGGUUCGCCAUCAACACCCCCCACCCAACACAGCUGGCCGUGGACUCCUCAGGAGGCUGGUCGUUCCUCUGCUCUGGGUCCCCUCCCUUCCCUCGGCAGUCGUCCUUCCCCCGCUUCCGUCACUUCUCCACUUGUGUGCCUGAUCUUCCGGGGGUCGCAGCCCCUCUAAGAGUCUGAUGGAGGUGGUGGGUCCCCUUCAGGAGAAGCACAGUGCUCGGGCAGAUCCGUGCUCGUUUGUGGGGGCAUAUAGGCUCCCUGAGGCCGCUCCACGGAGCCUGUGGAACCACACCCCACGCCUGGGGCUGCACUGCCGCUUGCCUGCACUGCUGCAAAAUCGUGACUUAAAAAACGAGGUCAGACUAUGGAAUCUCUAAGGAUGUUGCUCAGACUCCUAACCAUUUAAACCUUGCUUCUCCUGGAUUCCCUCCCUCAGCACGGGGAGGGCAUUAUCCAGCACUCAGAGACCCAGGAGGCAUUUCUGGCUUCCCAGGUAUGGUGCAUCGAUUACAGAAACAGCGAUUAUGUACUCCCUCUGCGGCAAACAUGGUUCUAGAUCCUGGGGUGCCAGAGCAAACAAGGUCUACCAUACCCUCUUCUCUUCUCAUGUCUCUCACAGGACAACUGUCUGGAUUCCUUAACACGAUCUGCUAAGCUCUGCACGGUCUCUUUCCAGCCUCCUGGCUUUCCUUCCCUCGCAGCUUUCCCCGCAGCUGGGGGCCUGCGCUUGCUGUCUCUGUGCCUUCGCUCACAGCGUCCCUGGUGCCUGUGAUGCCUUGACACCACUCCCCACGCAGCCCGGCUGCUUUUCCUGACUUGGUUUUGUUAAGAUUUGGCUCAAGCCCAUCUCUGGGAAACGUCUGACUGCCCUGUGGCCAAGAAGUAUGUUUAGAAGUACAGACGCGUGUGAUCUGUGUAUUCAGAGUUUUACUUUAUGCUUUAAAGUGAAAAAAAAAAACCUGGAUUCAGAAUUGUGUAUAUAGUACAGUUCUCAUAUAAUGUUGUUACCUAUACUAUAUACUAUUUAAAAAGUAUAUAGAUAAAUUACCUGAAGGAAAUAUAAGCAAAUGUUAUAAAUGGUCAAGUGACUUGUUCACAGCCAUACAAAUGGUAAACUGCAGAGCUUGGGCUCAAACCCAGGUCCUAGGGAUAAUGGAAUUGUGGGUGAUUAAAUGUUUUUUUAAAAGUAAUUCCCAUAUUUUUUAUAAGGCAAGAAAUUUUAUCAUCAGGAAAAAAUAAAUUAUUUAUUAUAAUUACAAAUUUAGUUUUGCUGUGUUAACUAUAAGCCGUGUCUCAGUUCUCCAUUUGUAGACUGUGGGAUGCGCUCUCCUUCUGUCUCCUCCCCUUUUCCACCUCUGCCUCUGACAGUGUCCAGUCUAAUCAUUCCUGAAUUCUGCUCUGUAACCAGUGUUUGAUGCUUUGUUUAUUGAUUUGUUCUGAAAGUUGAA